AUGUCGGCUUCACGAGCCCUCCCACGGGCAGCGCUCUCCCUACGGACGACAGCUGUGAAAGUGCCCAAGUCAAGUCGUCUGCUAUCAGCACCAGCAGCCGUCUCCAGGACCUUGUCCACCAAGGCACUACGACACCCGCAAUCAGAAGUCAAAUCGAAGACCUUUUUCAACACAUCUUACGCCCAGCAACGGCGAGCACAGAGCUCCAAUGCCUCUCCAGCGCCACAAUUCUUCACUGAAGAGAACCCAGGCCGAACGGCAUUAUAUGACCUUCACCUGCAACAUGGCGCAAAGAUGGUACCAUUCGGUGGCUACUCAAUGCCUGUGCAGUACUCCGAUCUUUCCGUCGGCGAGAGCCACCACUGGACUCGAGAGAAGGCCUCUCUAUUCGACGUUGGCCACAUGGUUCAGUAUCACGUCGAAGGACCAGGAGCUGAGGCUUUCCUGGAAUCCAUCACCCCAGCUGGCUUGAAGGACAUGAAGCCAGGAACGUCCUCCUUAUCUGCCCUUUUGCACCCGCAAACAGGCGGCAUCGUCGACGACUGCAUCAUCACCCGCCUGGAAGAAGGUCCUAAGCAUCUCUUCUAUCUCGUGGCCAACGCCGGCUGCAGAGAAAAGGACUACAAAUUCCUGUCAUCCGCCAUCGAGAACUGGGACAACACUACGAACCCUGUAGCUCAACUCCGCCACCUGGAACACGAUGGGAGGCCAUACGGAUUGAUCGCCCUCCAAGGCCCUCUUGCCGCUGAGAUCCUUCAAUCCGCCCUGGCCGAUACCUGCAAAGUCGACGUGAACAAGUGGUACUUCGGCAGCAUGAAGUACAUCACAUUAUCUCUACCAAUGGGCGAAAGCCUCCCCAUCGUCGCCAGCCGAGCAGGAUAUACUGGCGAGGACGGCUUCGAGCUCUCAAUCCACCCUUCGCAGACUGUGGAGGUCACCAAACACCUCCUCGAAACCGCCACUCCGGAGAAGCUGCGCUUCGCAGGCCUUGGCGCCCGCGACAGUCUCCGUCUCGAAGCAGGCAUGUGUCUCUACGGCCACGACCUCGACGACACCACAACACCCGUAGAAGGAGCUCUAGCCUGGAUCAUCCCCAAGGACCGCCGUGCAGGUGAACGUGCCAACUUCAACGGCGCUGAGACCAUCAUUCCCCAACUCACGCCCGUCUCGAAAGGCGGAGCUGGCGUCUCACGGCGUAGGGUGGGACUCACAGUGGAAGGCGCACCAGCACGUGAAGGCGCCGAGAUCGUGGACACAGACGGCAACGUCAUCGGAAAGAUCACAUCUGGCUGCCCGAGCCCGACCAUGAAGAAAAAUAUCGCCAUGGGCUACAUCAAAGACGGCAUGCACAAGUCUGGGACGGAAGUACAAGUGGUCGUGAGAGGGAAGAAGAGGAAUGCAGUGGUUACACGCAUGCCGUUUGUUCCGUCGAAAUAUUUCAAGCCUGCGUAA